CGAGACUGGGAGGUGGAGAGCAGGCGGGGACUGUUGCCUGGCGACGCUCCGGCGCUGGGUCCCCGAGGCCCGGCCCCUCCCCGCGAGGAGGUGGGUUUGGAGUCAGGUGACCCGGGCCCUACGGGAGGGGGCGCGGUCAGAGACCCGGCAGGAGGCGGCCGGGAAGAGAGCUCCGUGGGACGUUCGCGUGGCUCCCAGGCCGGGACCCCAACCCCGCUGGAUAGUGGGGGAAACUGAGGCCUGAGUGGGGGCUGGAGUAUAGUGACGCGAUCUCGGCUCACUGCAACCUCUGCCUCCUGGGUUCAAGUGAUUCUCCUGUCUCGGCCUCCCCAGUAGCUGGGAUUACAGGCAUGUACCACCACGCCCAGCUAAUUUUUUCUAUUUUUUGUAGAGACAGGGUUUCACCACGUUGGCCAGGAUGGUCUUGAUCUCUUGACUUCAUGAACUGCCUACCUUGGCCUCCCAAAUGUUAGGAUUGCAGGCGUGAGCCACCGGGCCCAGCCAGGAGUCUGCUUUUUAUUCUAACUGGAGCAGGAAGGAUUUGAGGUCCAGGGGAGGCAAGGCGUGGGGAAAAAAGAAGGCUGAGAAGGCAGAAGGGCAGGGGUGCAGGUGCGGCCGUUCAUGGAGCCAGCAUGGUGGCCUGGACGGGUGGUGGCAUCACCAAAUGCUCAUCAAACGGGGCAGCUGUGGGCCUGGCCUCUGCUGGCCACCUCUGUCCCCUGUCCCUCUGCAGGCCCACGGAGGACCAUGAAGGUGCUUCUUCUCACAGGGCUGGGGGCCCUGUUCUUCGCCUAUUAUUGGGAUGACAACUUUGACCCAGCCAGCCUCCAGGGAGCCCGAGUGCUGCUGACAGGGGCCAAUGCUGGUGUCGGUGAAGAGCUGGCCUAUCACUACGCACGCCUGGGCUCCCACCUGGUGCUCACUGCCCACACCGAGGCCUUCCUGCAGAAGGUGGUAGGGAACUGCCGGAAGCUGGGCGCCCCCAAGGUCUUCUACAUCGCAGCGGACAUGGCCUCCCCUGAGGCGCCCGAGAGCGUGGUGCAGUUUGCGCUGGACAAGCUGGGCGGGCUGGAUUACCUCGUGCUCAACCACAUUGGCGGCGCCCCGGCCGGCACGCGGGCGCGCAGCGCCCAGGCAACGCGCUGGCUCAUGCAGGUCAACUUUCUGAGCUACGUGCAACUGACGUCCCGGGCAUUGCCCAGCCUGACGGACAGCAAGGGCUCUCUGGUGGUGGUGUCCUCGCUGCUCGGCCGCGUGCCCGCGUCGUUCUCCACCCCGUACUCGGCGGCCAAGUUCGCGCUGGACGGCUUCUUCGGCUCCCUGCGGCGGGAGCUGGACGUGCAGGACGUGAACGUGGCCAUCACCAUGUGCGUCCUGGGCCUCCGAGAUCGCGCCUCCGCCGCCGAGGCAGUCAGGGGAGUCACGAGGGUCAAGGCGGCCCCGGGGCCCAGGGCGGCCCUGGCCGUGAUCCGCGGCGGCGCCACGCGCGCGGCCGGCGUCUUCUACCCGUGGCGUUUCCACCUGCUGUGCUUGCUCCGGCGCUGGCUGCCGCUCCCGCGGGCCUGGUUCAUCCGCCAGGAACUCAACGUCACGGCCGCGGCUGCAGCCUGAGCACCGAGGGGUACCCCUCUACGUCCCGGACGGGAACGCUCCUCCCUCCAACUGUCCCUGGAGCCAGGACACUCACAAGAGACACCCCUGAGAGGGUGGCCACAGCCCAAGAUAAAGUCGUCAAGACAGAAAAGCAAAACCCGGAAAAACGACGGGCGCCUGGAACCAAACACAGCUUCGGAGGCGCAGGCGCCCUGUGUUAGGUGCCUUCUCCCGGGCUUGUGACGCCUCACCAGUUUGGACAUGAUUGAUGACAUGACUGCUUCCAUUUUACAGAUAAAGAAUCUGAGGCUCAGAGAGGUCGUACCACCCUUGAGCCAGCCGUGGACCCCCCACUCCAUUUCCUGCCUGCGCCUCUUGGUCCCUGAUUUAUUCUUUGCACUCAUUCAUUCCAGCUGGGAAGAUCCCCUCCUCCCGACACCUGCCGGCUUCCCCCAGCUGGGGGCUCACACCUGCAGGGAUGUCUGCACUGUCCGUGCACUUGGUGGCAGGGUCUAAGAGGGAGGAGGAGGAGGGAAAGUCUGUGUUUUGGGCUGGACCCAGUCUCCCUUUGGAGAAUAAAAACGCUUCUUCCCUUGCA